UGAAAUAUAAACAAAUUAUUCUUAUCCUUCAAUCGGUAUGUUCUUCCAACUUCUAUCAUUUUCCUCCCCCUUUCUAAUCUCCCAAUCGUAUUUUAACGGAGAUACUUUCUUGUCCUCCUCCUAAGGAUCUCGCUUUCCUCCUUCGCUUUUUGGCUCGUGCUUUCUACCUAUUAGACGACGGUCUUUUUCCUGUCAAGAGCCAGUCCGACUCUAUUUUCUGGCCAUCGUUUCCGGGGAGCUUUGUGUUUCAGUCCGUAGCUUGCAAGAUACAAGGAUAAGUAAAUUGAGAUCCAAAUUAACGUCUUCUGUAGCAUCAACGGAGCCGUCCCGGCUAAGGCAAGUUUGAAGAAAUCCAGUCUUCAUGCUUGUUGAUUCUUGACAUGAGUCACCACUUCCUCAAGCUUACGUAGCUGCUUCUCUUGUCUGGAAAUUGAAUACAGCUGGUAUUAAAUAUGGAGUUGAAUACCAUUAAAGAUGCAUUUGACCGUGUUACUAAGAAGCAAAAGUUACCUAGUUCUAAGAUUCGAGAAGCGAUUGAUCAGAUUAACCAAGAAAUUGAGAAAGCUAUGAACAAGAUUCUGUCAGCCGAUGGUCCAGACUCUACGCUUGAUCACAGAUCUGUCCUCAGUGAACUCAAUACAAGUUUACAUAAUGUUUCACCACUUGGCCAACUGGAAGGUCCGCAAAAGGAGCUUAAUAUAGCACUCACCAAGUAUGGGAAGAUCCUUGAGAGAUCCUUCAACCCUGAUAUAUCAAAGGCUUAUAGAAAUAUUGAUUUUGAUAUACACACACUAAAUCAAAUAAUUGCGAACCAUUUCUAUCAUCAGGGCCUCUUUGAUUUUGGGGACUCCUUUAUAAGUGAUGCCAGGGAACCAGAAGCUGCUGCCGUUAUGAAAUCUUCAUUCCUGGAGAUGUACCAAAUACUCGAAGCAAUGAAGAGUCAGGACUUGGGGCCUGCCCUCGACUGGGCCACCACUAUUUCUGAUAAACUCACACAAAAUGGAUCUGACCUUCUUUUGAAACUUCAUUCAAUGCAAUAUUUAAAAAUAAUUCAGAGUGGAAAUAAAGGUGAAGCUCUUGAGUACGCUCGAACUUACCUUUCUCCUUUUGCUUCCAGUCACAUGGUUGAUGUCCAGAAACUUAUGGGCUGUCUUCUGUGGGUCGGAAAGCUUGAGCGGUCUCCAUACCAUGCAUUACUAUCACAGAGUAACUGGGACAGGCUGGCUGAAGAACUAAAAAGGGAGUUCUGCAAUCUCCUGGGUCAGUCAUACAACAGUCCUUUGAAUGUGACUGUGGCAGCAGGGAUUCAGUGUUUACCUCCUCUUCUUAAAUUUAUGAAUGUCAUGGUAGGGAAGAAGCAGGAAUGGCAGUCCAUGAACCAGCUGCCCGUACCAGUUGAGUUGGACCGUGAAUUCCAGUUUCAUUCUGUUUUUGUUUGUCCUGUGUCGAAGGAGCAAUCCACUGACGAUAACCCUCCUAUGUUGAUGUCGUGUGGCCAUGUCCUUUGUAAGCAGUCUAUCGCAAAGAUGUCCAAGAAUAGCACAAAGGUGUUUAAGUGCCCAUAUUGUCCCACUGAUAUCGACGCAGCACAAUGCAGGCAGUUAUUUUUCUGAUGUCAAUGAACUGUUUGAAAAAAAACACACACCCUUCCUCCCCCUCUCUCUCGUGUAGCAAAAAAAUCUUUGUUGUAGAGAAGUUCCACUGUGAAGCAGGGGCAAUUAUCGUGAUGGCAGAAACCCAUGCCCUGUUGUGAUGUCUGUUUGUUUGAACACAAGAAAUUCUUUAUCAAAAAGCAAGUUCUUCAAUUGCA